CGGAGCUAACCGCGCUGGGCCGCACCUGCGCAGAGGGGCGCUGAGGGCCAGGAGCCGGGGUGGGCCUAGCGACCCGCGACGAGAUGCAGGACCCCAAUGCAGACACUGAGUGGAAUGACAUCUUACGCAAGAAGGGCAUCCUGCCCCCAAAAGAGAACCUGAAAGAACUAGAAAAGAAAGAAUUGGAAGAUGAGGAGCAGCUCAUUCUUCAGCAGUCAGUGGUAAAAACAUACGAAGAUAUGACUUUGGAAGAGCUGGAGGAUAAUGAAGAUGAAUUCAAUGAAGAGGAUGAACGGGCUAUUGAAAUGUACAGGCAGCAAAGACUGGCUGAGUUGAAAGCAAUUCAACAGAAGAAUAAAUUUGGAGAGGUUUUGGAGAUCUCAGGAAAGGAUUAUGUUCAAGAAGUUACCAAAGCUGGGAAGGACUUGUGGGUAGUCUUGCAUCUUUACAAACAAGGGAUUCCUCUCUGUGCCUUGAUAAACCAACACUUCAGUGGACUUGCCAGGAAAUUUCCUGAUGUGAAGUUUAUUAAAGCCAUUUCAACCACCUGCAUACCCAAUUAUCCUGAUAGGAAUCUGCCUACAGUGUUCGUUUACCGGGAUGGUGAUAUCAAGGCUCAGUUCAUUGGUCCUCUGGUGUUUGGUGGCAUGAACCUGACUAGAGAUGAGUUGGAGUGGAAGCUCUCUGAGACUGGAGCAAUCAAGACAGACCUGGAGGAGAACCCCAAGAAACCGAUUGAAGACGUAUUGCUGUCCUCAAUACAGGGCUCUGCGCCCCUGAGGAGGGACAGCGAUUCCGAGGACGACUGAGGCCACAGUCUCUGAAACUUUCUUACCUUUCCUCUUGUGACAAAUUGUUUGGAUUUUCUUUUCUUUUUUUUUAAGAAAAAAAGCAAGAACAAGGUCUUUUUUUUUUUUAAACCCUUUUAUAGUUAUAUCUCAAAUUUCAUACAUUUUGGAAAUAAUCAUUGUCGGGAAUACUACAAAAUUCCUUGAAAUUCUCUUUUUUUAAAUUAACAUUUCUUUAGGAAGAAAUUAAAUCAGUCAUUAUUAUGUCAAAUAUCUAUGUUUUCCCAUUUAUAUUUAAGUAAACAGUGAAAGUAUUUACUAUUUUUUGAGCUACAACUAUAUUGAGGGAAUAUAGAACUUUAAAAAAUAUGUGAAUAAAUUAUGCAAUGAAAAAUUAUGAACCAAGUUUUAUAAUUGCACUAUUUUAUAAAAAUCUGGCAAAAAAUGAUCUAUUCAAAAACAUAUAGAAAUGAUCUCUAGGGAAAAAAGUAUCCUAUUAAGAAGACUGGACAAUGAAUUUUUUUGUCCAUUUGUUGAGGUCAGGCCUCACUCUAGAGCCAGGCCUAACUCACUCUGUAAUCCCAGGUCAGCCUCAAACUCCUGCUACCUCUAUGUCCUGAGUGCCCAGGAUUAAAGGUGUAUGCCAGCGAGACGAUAAUACGCCAAUGUUUUAAAGAUGCUGUUUUUCUAUCAAGGUAGUAAACAGUUUCAAUUUACUGCCAUAUUUCUUUGGUUAAAUGUUUUUCUAGUUAAAAUUAUGUUUCUCUUAGACUAUUAAGAUGUCAGCUAUUCUUUUUUAAAAUUGUAUUUCUUUGUAAGGAGAGGGGAGAGGAGAUGGGCAUACCAUGUCCUCUUAACCAGUGCAAGCAAACUCCAGAUACAUGUGCCACUUUUUGAAUCUGGGUUUACAUGGGUACAGGAAAAUUGAACCCAGGUAUCAGGCUUUGCAAGGAAGCACCUUUAAUUGCUGAGCCAUCUCUCCAGCCAGAAUAUCAGUUAUGUAUAGAAUAAUCAGAUUAUCAGUUAUUCUUGAUGAUUGUAGAAGGCCACCUGAAACUUGCUUUUGAAAUAAGAUUUAAGCACAUACACAGAUAAACUGUCCAUACAAAAGGAUCAGGACACUUUGUGAGGCAAAAUCCUGGUAGCACUUACGACUACUUGUCAAGUUGAUACUGACAAACAAAAAAAACAGAGUACAUAUUCCAUAACAUUGUAUUGAAUGAUGUAGAACUUCUAGUUUGAGUUCUAAGAACCAGAGAGUACACAGGGUUCUUUCAGAUUGUACCCCAAAACUUUUAUUUUGCACUAAUUCACAGAAUACAAAGAGCCAAACCCAUGUUAGGUGUCAAGAGUGUCUGUUUUCUAACACAGAGCCAGUGCUGCUGAUAGAAACACUCUGCCCUGGCUCAUCUUGAAGGGCGUUCAUGAAAAUUCAUUUGUAAGGUUGAGACACUUGUUGAAUUUUGUCCUGUUCUGUGUGGUUUUGCAGCGCUGCUGCCUUAGAAUUUCUGUUGGUAACUGAUAGUAUAAUGAAUACAGGGUAAGAACAAAGCUG